UUAUGUUCAUGUUUCCUGUCUCCGAGCUCACGGGUCUCACUCGAGCAGGACAAUCGUGUUCAGACUUCAUCAACGUACAUAGAAACGAGCAAAAGUGCGGAAGAGCAAAGGAUCCUCCUUCCCAGUUCACAUGGCCAUUCAGUGAGAUGUCUAAUGGCCACGUGAGAGGGAAAUUGUAGAAGAGAAAAGCAGACACCCGAGUGAAGAGAGAAGAGUUUUACAUGGAUGAUGGCCUCCGUCGAUGAUGAAGCUAUGGGUGAAAGGCUGGCACACAUUAAACAAGAGGUCUGUGAGUGGGUGGCGCCAGCAGAUGUGUGCGUGAAGGCGGAGGAUUGUGAGGGAAGAAUUUCCAUUUUUAAAGAAGAGGAGUUAGAGGAGGGUACUGUCGACAUUAAAGUCGAGCAAUCGGAGGAUUUGUCAGUCAGUCUGGAGCUGCAAAAGCAUGAGGCUCGAACUACUUUCAAGCAAGAUGUUGGUGAAGAAUCUCAUUCCAGUUUACAGCCCUGGUUCACUAACAUUGGACAACUGGCCUCCCAGCAGAAUUCUAUGGACAUGAAAUCGGAGUUCUCUGAAAUUGACGUGAGAGUCGGUGAAGGAAACGGGAGUAAAGGAGAAGAGCAGAAGUCAUCUAGGAGUGUGGGAUUGAAUUUCCAAGCAAGUGGCAGCUUCUCCCCGCCUCCGUUUGCUCAGCCCUCUCUUCAUGGCAGACUGCAACCAAGACAGAGCAAGGAGAAGAAGUUGAGUGCUUCAGGUGCACCGGAGGAUUUGACAGCAGCCUUGUUGCAGUGUAGUUCUGAUUCUGCUGUGAAGGAAGCACAGGUAGAAGCCGUCGACACUGACCAGCCACAAAUGCAUAACACGGAUAAAGAGGCUUUGUAUACUGGCCGAAAGUGCAGAAAAACCUCCAAAAACCAGAAGUCGAUUCAUGCGAGAGAAAAGCUAUUUGCCUGUUCUGAAUGUGGCAAAAUAUUCCUCCAUAACCACAGUAUUCAAUUACACAUAAGAAUUCAUACUGGAGAAAAACCUCAUUGCUGUUCGGAGUGUGGCAAACAGUUCUCAUCCAGUAGUAGUCUGCACAGGCAUCGAAGAGUCCACACCGGAGAGAAGCCCUAUGGCUGCGCUGAAUGUGGCAAACGAUUUAUUGACAGCAGCAACCUUAAGCAGCACACACGAAUUCAUACUGGAGAAAAGCCAUAUUCCUGUUCUGAGUGUGGGAAACUGUUCACCAACGUCUGCAAUCUGCGGCAGCACAUGCGGAUUCAUACAGGAGAAAAGCCAUACUGCUGUUCUGAAUGUGGUAAAAGAUUCCCCCAUAAAUGCACUCUGCAAAGACAUACAAGAAUCCACACUGGAGAAAAGCCAUAUAGCUGUUCUGAGUGUGGGAAAAGAUUCUCUGAUGGCAGUGCUCUUAACUAUCACACGCAAGUCCAUACCGGAGGAAAGCCAUAUUGCUGUUCUGAGUGUGGCAAGAGAUUCCCCCAUAACAACAGAUUACAGAACCACAUAAGAAUUCACACUCAAGGGAAACCUAAAUGCGAGGUGCCUAAUGGCCUCGAGGUCAGAGCUGCCCAUGUGAAAAGGAGAGAGAAGAGUUUCACACGGAACAUGGCCUCGGUCAAAGAGGAUGGCAUGGACGAAGGACUGGCGCACAUUAAAGAAGAGGACUGUGAGUGGGGUGCACCAGGGAAUUGUAAAGAGCACCAUUUAGCUUUUAAAGAGGAGGAAUUUGAGGUAAAAAUUGUUGACAUUAAACUCGAAGAUUCAAAAGAUUUCUCAGGCAGUCUCGAAUGUCAAAAACAGGAAACGGGGAACAUUCUCAAGCCAGAUAUUGGUGAAGAAUAUCCUUGCAGUUCACAGCCCUGGUUCACCAAUACAGGACAACUGGCCACCCAGUGGAAUUGUAUGGAACUGAAGCCUGAGUUAUCGGAAAUGAGUGAAGGAGAAGAACCGCAGUCAGGUAGUAGUAUUGGAAAAAAUGCACAAGAGAACAGCAGUCUCUCCAUAUCUUCAUUUGUUCAGACCUGUCUUCAAGACCAUGAGAAGAGGAAAAAAUACAAACAAAUAGAAACAAUAGGAUCAGAAUAUGUGACAGCAGCCUCCUCCCAGUGCAAUUCUGUUCCUGCUUCCGAACCAACACAGACAGAAGCCAUCGAUGAUGAUGAUGAUGAUGACGACGUACCUACUACAGAUCAAGAGGCCUUGCAUACCAGCGGAAAGUGCAGAAACGCUUCCAAAAACAAAUCUGCCUGUACAGAUGAAAAGUGGACUGACUCCAAACAGAAGCCAUAUUCCUGUUCUGAAUGUGGCAAUUUAUUUUCACGCAGACACAGUCUUUACUUGCACAAACGCAUUCACAAUGGCGAGAAGCCCUAUUGCUGUCCAAAAUGUGGCAAACAUUUUUCACGAAAAGGUAAUCUUCAAAGCCACUCACGAAUCCAUACUAGAGAGAAGCCUCAGUGCUGCUCUGAAUGUGGCAAACGGUUUUCUCACUGCACCAAUCUCCAAAGACACAUGAGAAUUCACACUGGAGAGAAGCCGUACUGCUGUUUUGAAUGUGGAAAACAAUUCUCCAGCAGCAGUAACCUGCAAAGACACACACGAACUCACACCGGAGAAAAGCCAUAUGGUUGUGCUGACUGUGGGAAACGAUUCUCCGACAGUAUCGCUCUACAGCAACACACACGGAUUCAUACGGGAGAGAAGCCAUAUGGCUGUUUGGAGUGCGGCAAACAAUUUUCUGCCAGUAGCAGCCUCCAAAGACACACAAGAAUUCAUACUGGAGAAAAGCCGUAUGUGUGCGGCGAGUGUGGCAAACGAUUCUCUGACAGUAGCAGUCUUCGGCAUCACACAAAAUUUCACACUGGAGAAGCCAUAUUGCUGCUCUGAAUGUGAACAAAGGUUUUCAAAAGUAAAUAUUCACCGCCACUCAGAAAAUCACACUGGAAAGAAAACCCGGUGAGCAGAGUUGCAGGUCCAGCGUUCACUCCUGUGGCCAGCUGUUGUCUGUGUGGAGAUUGCAUGUUGUCCUCCUGUCUCUAUGGGUUUGUCCUGAGGUUCUCCAGUUUUCCUCACAUCCAGUGAACAUCUGAAUGUGGCAGAAAAUUCUCCCAAAGCAGCACUCUUAAUAAGAGAAGUGCCAAAUGUGCAGCAAAAUAAUGGAAAUAGUGCUGGGAUCCAGAGGACUAAUACAAAAAAAAUGACCAAGGCCAUCUUGACAAUCCUGUGUAUUAGUGUCUGCCCACGAGGUUUACAAAAGCAGACAGUACUCGGGACAACGCUGGUUUAAGAGAACAAAAAUACGAUGAGAUGUCACUCCUUUCUCGACUAGAAUCACAAAUAACCAUUAUGAAGAAAUGAACCAUUGAGAGAAAACUCACUGCUGUCAGGACUGUGGUAAAGGAUUCUCAUAAUUAAGUAGUCUUUAGAGCCACAAACCAAUCCAUAUUGGAACAUCUAACCAUGGCUAAGCAGGACAAGCGACCUGCACACAAAACGGUUUAAGGCGUCUUUUGGGUUUUUUGGGAACGUCACCACAGAUAAGUGCUGCUUCUGCCAGACCACGUGGGAAACAACCACACAUCUUUUGUCACGCCAGGGAAUUGCAUAUUGCUACUGAACAAAAUCAGUCCAAGAAAGCCUUGAUAACUGAAGCUUUAGUCCUAAAUGGUGAAAAAGUAAUACAGUCAUAAGAAAUGCAAUUAGACAACAAGUGAAACUGAGUCUGUUGUGUUGGCAUCUACAUGACUAAUGCCACUGAUCUGUCAGGCCUAUUGUCGUAUCCUACCAUUUUCCAGAUCCUCGAAGGAAGCCUUACUAGGAGCCAAGAGCUAAUUUAUACUAAAUUUAGUGUUCACAAACUGAUGGAAUCAAAGGGAAACCGGAGAAGCAGACACGUCAACUGAUACCAGCUUUAGUGUUGUAAACCCUUCCAGAUGCUUUGUUUGUUGUCAUCCUCAUUGCCUAAUCUUCAUCUGCUCAUCAGCUGGAAUGAGCAAAAGAUAAGAUAAGAUAAUGAGGAUGCUGUGGUGGCUCAUGAGGUAGCAGAAUUGCAGGUUCAGCAUUCACUCCUGUGGCCAGCUGUAGUCUGUGUGGAGAUUGCAUGUUGUCGUCCUGUCUCUAUGGGUUUGCCCUGAGGUUCUCCAGUUUUCUUCACAUCCAGUUAUCUUCUGAAUGUGGCAGAAAAUUCUCCCAAAGCAGCAGUCUUAAUCAAAGAAGUGCCAAAUGUGCAGCAAAAUGAUGGGAAAACUGCUGGCUGGUGGACUGGAUCUGCUAUGUAACUCAUAGUAAGGAGACCUGGGUUCGCUUCCUGGAUCCACCCUGCGUGGAGUUUGCAUGUUCCUCCCACAGUCCAAA